AGGAUGAGAGAAUGGGAAGGAAGGAAAAUUUACACCAGCAAUCUAAGGCGAGAUAGUGUCUGUAUUUGAACUUUAAAUUUAGCUCCAAGCUUCCUGGCAAGCAAGUGAAAAGAGGAAACGGGAUGGGUUUCAUGGUUAGCGUCUGAUAAAGCCGCUUAUCGGUUUUCAGUGGAGAGAAACCGAGGAACAUCCUGGUUUAUAGCGAAGCUGAGUUCACACACAAGGAAUGUACUUUGUAUCUUUUCCUUUGUAAAUUAUUCAGUUUUUGCUGUUGCUGUCUCCACUGCUAUAGUUACAUAUUUGGUCAGAUUAAAGUCAAAAUUGGACAUACUGUGGCUGGGGUGUGUUUAUGUAUUGCCUCUGGGGCUGAAGCCAUUGACGAACAGGAAACUGAAAGCCACAAGUUCAGGAAAUGGAUUGUAUGGAGAGAAUAUAUAUAUAGUACUUAACUGCUGAAGUCUAUGAGCAUUUCAAGGCUGAACUUUGUAUUGAUGUAUUUACAGAUGGCUGUUGGGGACUCUCAACAAUACCGCGAUUGGUUAAUGUGAUAAUAGAUGCAGCCCCUGGAGGAGACGUUGUGCAGUACGAGAGGAAACAUGCAGCAGAUGACAUGUGCUCGCUCAGUGGCUCAGGAAGCUGCACAGCCGGCAUCGCAGAGGCUUGUUUAAGGAGAUUUUCUCUUUAGGAACCAGUUUUAGUUUUAGUUUGAUUCUAACACAAGGGAGACCCCUGGCUUACAAAAUGUCCCAUUUCGUUCAUAAGUCAGGGAGCCCUGCUCUUCACUAGCUAACCAUCCGUUCUUCAGUUACUUCUCCAUCCGUCAGCUUCACUGUAUGGGGACAGUUCCACCGUCUGUGGUUAUUGAGAGGCUCGCCUCUGGACCCCGAGCUCUACUGAGGUUUUCUACUUAUAAAAGACAAUGACUACUGAUGAAGGCACCAGUAACAAUGGAGAAAACCAGUCAGCCACCGUGGUUGAACAGGGAGAAGAUAUCACCACCAAAAAAGAUAGAGGAGUAUUAAAGAUUGUCAAAAGAGUGGGGACUAGUGAUGAAACCCCGAUGAUUGGUGACAAAGUUUAUGUCCACUACAAAGGAAAAUUGUCAAAUGGAAAGAAGUUCGAUUCCAGUCGCGAUAGAAAUGAGCCAUUUGUCUUUAGCCUUGGCAAAGGCCAGGUUAUCAAAGCCUGGGACAUUGGGGUGUCUACCAUGAAGAAAGGAGAGAUCUGCCACUUACUGUGUAAACCAGAAUAUGCUUAUGGCUCUGCUGGCAGCCUCCCGAAAAUUCCCUCGAAUGCAACUCUCUUUUUUGAGAUUGAACUCCUUGAUUUCAAAGGAGAGGACUUAUUUGAAGAUUCGGGCAUUAUCCGUAGAAUCAAACGGAAAGGAGAGGGCUACUCCAAUCCAAACGAAGGGGCGACAGUGGAGGUCCACCUGGAAGGCUGCUGUGGUGGAAGGAUGUUUGAUUGCAGAGAUGUGGUGUUCGUUGUUGGUGAAGGAGAAGACCACGACAUCCCCAUUGGGAUUGACAAGGCCCUGGAGAAAAUGCAGAGGGAAGAGCAGUGUGUCUUGUAUCUUGGACCACGAUACGGUUUUGGAGAGUCAGGGAAGCCUAAAUUUGGCAUUGAACCCAAUGCUGAGCUUAUAUAUGAAGUCACACUUAAGAGCUUCGAAAAGGCCAAAGAAUCCUGGGAGAUGGACACCAAAGAAAAACUGGAGCAGGCUGCCAUUGUCAAAGAGAAGGGAACUGUGUACUUCAAGGGAGGCAAGUACAUGCAGGCUGUGAUUCAGUACGGGAAGAUCGUGUCCUGGCUGGAGAUGGAGUACGGCCUGUCGGAGAAGGAGUCAAAAGCCUCUGAAUCGUUCCUGCUUGCAGCCUUCCUAAACCUGGCCAUGUGCUACCUGAAGCUCAGAGAGUACACCAAAGCCGUGGAGUGCUGUGACAAGGCGCUUGGACUGGACAGCGCCAACGAGAAAGGCUUGUACAGAAGGGGUGAAGCCCAGCUGCUCAUGAACGAGUUUGAGUCAGCCAAAGGCGACUUUGAGAAGGUGCUGGAGGUAAACCCUCAGAACAAGGCCGCAAGGCUGCAGAUCUCCAGGUGCCAGAAGAAGGCCAAGGAGCACAACGAUCGAGACCGCAGGGUGUACGCCAACAUGUUCGCCAAGUUUGCGGAGCAGGACGCAAAGGAAGCGGCCAACAAAGCAACGAGCAAGAAGACUGUAGAAGCAGAGGCCGGUGCAGCAUGCGAGAGGCAGGCCAUGGAGGAGGGAAAGGCUGAAGGCCAUGUAUGACGCCACGCCAAGGAGGGAAGAGAGUCCUAAUGAACUCGGCCCUCCUUGCUGGGCUCACACCCCACUCAGGACUGAACAGUGUUUAGUGUAAGGUUUGUUACAGUCUCUGGGAUUCUGGAAGCAAAUGGCAAAACCAGUAGCUUCCCAAAAUAACCACCCUGCUGCUGCCCGGGGUGGGGGUGGGUGGGGGACACGCCAGGGGAACAGGACAGGAAAGUCCGUUGGUGUGCAGAGACCAAGCCAGCAGCUCAAGUCCAGCUCAUUUCAGUGUCCUACACAGCACCCUCAGUGACCCCACGGCCCUGGCUGCCGUGGGGCUCUCCGUCUGCGCUUCGGGAGCACGGCAGGAACCAGCUCUGCUUUCCUGUUGGGAGGGGGCGCGGGUGGAGGAUGAGGUUUUGUUUGGAACUGACUCCAGUGCUGAGAACACAAGCCCAAAAUGAGGGGAUACCCAGGUCCACGGCAGAGUCUCAGAGGCCACUGCCUGCCUGUCCAGUGGCUCCCCAGGUUCCCUUCUCAGACUCUUGUGGGUGUGACUUUGCGUCAUACCCAGACUGUCCCAGGGAGUCUGUCAGUACUCCAACACCCUCUUCGGGGGUGAUAGGUGGGAGUUUCCGGGUUAGUUUUCCCUAAUUAGAGUGAAUGCGUGAGGAGUAGGGAGCUGUUGACGGCUUGUUUCCUGCUGUGCCUCCCUUUGAAGAAGGUUAGCUCUCGAUUCCCGGCCUCUCUGUGAAGAACCUGAGGCCUGCUCUUGUCCUAGACCUGGCGUGGACUGAUGUCCACUCCAACUAAGACUGAUGCAGUUACUCUUUUUUUUUUUUUUUGUAUUGCUUAUAAGCAUAUAUACCGCUUUAUGGAAGAAACUUCACACUCCUCUCUCGAGCAAAAACAUUUUUUCACUUUUUACUUUUUAGCUUUGCAUCUGUGAGGUUUCAAGCAGGCAUUUCCUCUUAGAGUGAGGGUACCUGGAGGUUUGGCGGGCAGAUGCUGUCCCCUGUACCUCAGCCUCUUCGUUCUGGUGUGGUCUGUAAAGGUUGCUGGCUUCCCAUGCAGGUACUCAAGCCAAAGUCUCCAGUACUGGGCACGGGAUCGGGGCAAGUCUUAAGUAGCCGUGUAGUUGGAUUUUAGUCCUACGGGUAAUGGAUAGGAAUGAGCACUGCUUGCUUCUCAACAGCCUACGAACCCCCAGGGGACACACCCAGCAGCCCAGGGAGCCCGGUACCUAACCCUGGAAACCUCACUCUCCUAGCCCUAGGAACACUGGCGGUUGCAUUUAGAUGAGUUUUUAUUUUUAUGGUUGUUUUUAAUAAAACAGUCUCAUGCUAAGUUAGGACUUUAAAGCCUACAAAUGGAGUUGUUUUGUGGCUGUUCCAGUUUUAGUCUACAUGCAAUGGAUGGAGCUAAGCUUUGAGGACUUUCUUUUCCUGGUGACUAAAACCUCUCGGAUUUCA